GUGCUCUCAGACCGCGAACAGAGUGACUCCUGACGGCUCCUAGGCAGCAGCAGCUUCCAGCCCGAAAACUUCAGACUAAAGUUACUUAAGUUCCUCAUACAUCGGAGCCGAGAGACGCAGCAAGAUGCCGGUCACGGAGAAAGACCUGGCGGACGACGCUCCGUGGAAGAAGAUCCAACAGAACACUUUCACCCGUUGGUGCAACGAGCACCUCAAGUGUGUCAACAAGCGGAUAGCGGACCUGCAGUUGGACCUGAGCGACGGACUGAGACUCAUCUCCCUGCUGGAGGUGCUGAGCCAGAAAGGCAUGCUGAGGAAGUACCACUCGAGGCCCACUUUCCGCCAGAUGAAGCUGGAGAACGUGUCCCUGGCGCUGGAGUUCCUGGAGCGGGAAAACAUCAAGCUGGUGUCCAUAGACUCCAAGGCCAUCGUGGACGGGAACCUGAAGCUGAUCCUGGGUAUGAUCUGGACGCUCAUCCUCCACUACUCCAUCUCCAUGCCAGUCUGGGAGGACGAGGACGAUGUGGCGGAUAAGAAGACCCCCAAGCAGCGUCUGCUGGGCUGGAUCCAGAACAAGGUGCCCGACCUGCCCAUCAACAACUUUGCUCGAGACUGGAAGGACGGCCGGGCCCUGGGGGCACUGGUGGACAGCUGUGCUCCUGGCUUGUGUCCUGACUGGGAGACCUGGGAUCCAGUGAAACCAGUAGAGAACGCCAGUGAAGCCAUGCAGCUGGCCGACACAUGGCUGGGAAUACCACAGGUGAUAGCGCCUGAGGAGAUCAUCGACCCCAGCGUGGACGAGCAGUCUGUGAUGACCUACUUGUCCCAGUUCCCCAAGUCCAAGCUGAAACCCGGCGCGCCCCUCAAACCCAAGCUCAACCCCAAGAAGGCUCGCGCUUACGGCCGAGGUAUCGAACCGACGGGUAACCACGUGAUGCGUCCGGCGGUCUUCACCGUGGACACCUUCAGCUCCGGCCAGGCUCAGAUCACCGUCUACGUGGAGGACCCCGCGGGACUGAAGGAGGAGGUGAAGGCGGUUCUUAAUGAGGGGAAGAAGACCUACAAUGUCACCUACGUCCCAAAGGUGGUCGGCAAUCACAAGGUAACGGUGCUAUUCGCAGGCCAGCAGAUCCCCAAGAGUCCGUUCGAGGUGGGCGUGGAGAAGGCCCUGGGCGACGCCAGCAAGGUCACGACCAAGGGCGUGGGCCUCGAUCCCACGGGCAACAUCGCCAACAAACCCACCUACUUCGAUAUCUACACCGCAGGAGCGGGAGUCGGGGAUGUGACGGUGGUGGUGAAGGACCCCCAGGGCCGUGAUAACACGGUGGAGGUGAUGAUGGAGGACCAGGGCGACGCCACGUACCGCUGCACCUACCGGCCCACCCAGACCGGCCCCCACGCCGUCGCCAUAUCCUUCGCCGGCGUCGCCAUACCCAAGAGCCCCUUCCCCGUCGAAAUCGCACCCGCGUGUGUUGCGGGCGCGUGCAGGGCGACAGGUCGGGGACUCCAGCCGUCAGGGGUGAGGGUGAAACAGGCGGCCGACUUCCGUGUGGACACCCGGAACGCCGGGAGUGGUGAUCUGAAGGUGCUCCUGAAAGGACCCAAGGGUCGUGAGGAGCAGGUGAAGCAGACAGAGAGUGACGCCGGUGUGUUUGGUUAUGAAUACCACCCCCUGACUCCUGGGAAAUACACCGUGUCCCUCACCUGGGGGGGUGUACACAUACCAAAGAGUCCCUUUGAGGUGGUCGUAGGACCUGAGGCCGGACCCCAGAAGGUUCGUGCCUGGGGCCCUGGUCUGGAGAAGGGGAUUGUGGGUAAAUCGGCCAACUUUGUGGUGGAGUCUGUUGGCAGCGAUGUGGGCGCACUCGGGUUCGCCAUCGAGGGUCCGUCGCAGGCCAGGAUCGAGUGCAACGACCAGAACGACGGCUCCUGUGACGUGCUGUACUGGCCCACGGAGCCCGGGGAGUACGCGGUGCACGUCACCUGUGACGACGAGGACAUCGAGGACAGCCCCUUCAUGGCCCACAUCGUCCCCGACGACGGGGCCAGCAGCGCCUCCAAGGUGAAGGCGUACGGGCCGGGGCUAGAGAAGACCGGCUGCAUCAUCAACCAACCGGCAGAGUUCACCGUUAACGGGAAGGACGCUGGGAAAGGACCUCUGGCCAUUGCAGCUCAGGAUGCAGAGGGAGUGCCUGUGGCGGUGAAGGUCAAGUCUAAAGGAGACGGGCUCUACAGCUGCUCCUACACCCCGGCCACAGCCCUCAAACACACCUUGGCUGUCACCUGGGGCAACACCAGCAUCCCCAACAGCCCCUUCCGGGUGGGUGUUGGGAAAGGCAGCCACCCCGGCCAGGUGAAGGUGUUCGGCCCUGGGGUGGAGCGGAGCGGCCUGAAGGCCGACCAGCCCACACACUUCACCGUGGACUGUAGUGGAGCAGGAGAAGGGGAGGUGAGUGUAGGGGUCAAGUGUGAGCCUAGCAGACCGAGUGACCAGCAGGAGGAAGACGUGGAGUUUGACAUCAUCCCCAACGCCAACGACACCAUCACCGUCAAGUACACCCCCCCCGCUGCCGGGACCGUCACCAUCAAGGUCCUGUUUGCUGACCAGGAAGUACCUCAAAGUCCCUUCCGGGUCAAGGUUGAUCCAUCCCACGAUGCUUCCAAGGUCAAAGCAGAAGGUCCUGGACUCACACGUAAAGGGGUGGAGGCGGGUAAACCCACACACUUCACGGUGUUCACGAAGGGAGCCGGUAAAGCUCCGCUGGACGUCUCCUUCUCCGCGGCCCAGAAGGGCCCCGCCGUACUGGACUAUGACAUCAUCGACAACUACGACUACUCUCACACUGUCAAAUACACACCUGCUGCACAGGGGGACUUGGGGGUCACUGUGACAUUCGGAGGAGACCCCAUCCCCAAGAGCCCCUUCAAGGUUUCCGUGGCAGCUCCCCUGGACCUGGACCGGAUUAACGUUGACGGCCUGAACGCAAGAGUGGAGGUGAACCAGGAGCAGGAGGUGGUGGUGGACACGGAUGGAGCCGGCGGUCAGGGUCGUCUGCAGGUGGUGCUGCGGAGCCCUAGCAAGCGGUCGCUGCCCUGCGUCUUGGAGCCCCACGCUUCGAGAGCUAACUGUAGCCUGGUGCGCUACACCCCCACCGAGGAGGGGCAGUACGCUGUGGACGUGACCUACGACGGGCACCCUGUCCCGGGCAGCCCCUUCCCCGUGGAGGCCGAGCUACCCCCGGACCCCAGCAAGGUGAGGGCUUCAGGUCCCGGCCUGAAAGGCGGGGUGGUCGGCAGUCCGGCCCCCUUCUCCAUCGACACCAAGGGGGCGGGCACCGGGGGUCUGGGGCUGACGGUGGAGGGUCCGAUGGAGGCUAAGAUCGAGUGCUCUGACAACGGGGACGGGACCUGCUCCGUGUCCUACCUCCCCACGGAGCCCGGCGACUACCUGGUCAACAUCCUGUUUGAGGACGUCCACAUCCCGGGUUCCCCCUUCAGGGCUGACGUGGUCAUGCCCUUUGACCCCAGCCAGGUGUUGGCCUCUGGGUCAGGCCUCAAGAGAGCCAAGGUGGGUGAGGUCAGUGAGGUGAUGGUGGAUUGUUCCAGAGCUGGUCCAGGUCAACUGACCCUGGAGGCCAGACCAGAGUCUGGUUCUGGCGCGGGGGCCAAGACUGAAGUGGUGGACCGCGGCGGGGGGAAGUACACGGUGAGCUACGUCCCGCUGACCGCCGGCAUGUACACCCUGCUGCUCCGCUACGGGGGGCAGCCGGCCGCUGGCUUCCCCACCACCGUCAACGUCCUGCCGGCCGUAGACACCUCCAAGGUCAAGGUGUUUGGACCUGGGGUGGACGACAAAGUCUACAGGGAAGCGACCACGGACUUCACGGUGGACGCGCGGCCCCUGAGCCGGCGGGGCGGGGACCACGUGCGGUCGGAGGUGACGGGCCCCGGGGGGGAGGUGACGGAGUGUGUGGUGAAGGACAACGCAGACGGGACCUACGCCGUGGAAUACACGCCCUAUGAGAAGGGGAUCCACAGCCUCCAGGUGUGGUACCAGGACACUGAGGUGCCCAAGUCUCCCCUCAGCGUGACGGUGUGUGAGGGCUGCGACCCCAGCAGGGUGAAGGCCAGCGGCCCGGGCCUCAGUCAGGCCGUCAGCAACCGACCCAACCACUUCAACAUACUCACCAGGGGGGCCGGUGUUGGGGGUCUGGGCAUCACUGUGGAAGGCCCGUCCGAGUCCAAGAUGUCCUGCAAGGACAACAAGGACGGCAGCUGCAGCGUGGAGUACACCCCCUUCACCGCGGGACAGUACGACGUCAACAUCACCUACGGAGGAGAACACAUCCCAGGAAGUCCUUUUAAGGUGUCGGUGACGGAUGAGGUGGAUCCCAGCAAGGUGCGGGUGACUGGUCCGGGUGUGAGCUCAGGUGUGCGAGCGCGGGUCCCCCAGAGCUUCACCGUAGACUGCAGCAAGGCGGGCCAAGCUCCCCUGGCCGUCUCCCUCACCAACCCCAAAGGUGUGGCUGAGCCUGUCCAGGUGAAGGACAACAGGGAUGGAACCCACAGCGUCUCCUACAGCCCGUCUAUAGAGGGAGUUCACUCCCUGGCUGUCAAGUACGCAGGGCAGGACGUCCCACGCAGUCCCUUCAAGCUGCGGGUCCAGCCCACCCACGACGCAAGCCGGGUCCAGGCCAGCGGCCCCGGGCUCACCUCGGGGGUCCCGGCCAGCCUCCCGACAAACUUCACCGUCGACGCCUCGGAGGCCGGGCUCGCAGAGCUGGAGGUCGCUGUCACGGACCAGGAUGGUAAGGCCAUGCCGGCCAGUAUCCACGACAACGGGGACGGGACAUGGCUGGUGUCGUACCUGCCCGACCGGACGGGGCGCUACGGCGUGCGGAUCACCUACGGCGGGCAGGACGUCCCCAUGUCCCCCUACCGGGUCCGAGCCACGCCCAGCGGCGACGCCAGCCAGUGCAAAGUCUCCGGUCGAGGGGUGGGGCCUACGGUUGCCGUGGGCGAGGAGCUGGCCCUGCUGGUGGACACCAGGCAGGCUGGGAAGGGAGGGCUGAGCUGUGUGGUGGUGGAGCCCGACGGCAGCGAGGUCCUGGCCCGCGUGGUGGAGAACCCAGACGGGACCUACGACAUCUUCUACACCGCCGACGCCCCCGGCACCUACCGCAUCUACGUCCGCUUCGGGGGACAGGAUGUGGCGCGCAGCCCCUUCACCGUCACGGCGGUGGAAGAGGUUAUUCCCAUGAUGCAACAAACGUCGAAUCAAGCUCCUGGAUUGGGCUCCCGUCCCUGGGAGACCACAGAUGGGUUCUCAGAAGGCAGCAGUGUGACCGGAGGGUUCCGGCCGUUCGACAUGAUCAUCCCCUUCUCUCUCUCCAAGGGAGACAUCACUGGUGAGGUGAUGAUGCCGUCGGGCAGGAGGGCGGAGCCUCUGAUCACAGACAACCUGGACAGGACGGUGACCGUCCAGUUCUCCCCCAGCGAGGCCGGCCUGCACGAGAUGCACAUCAAAUACAACGGAACACACAUUCCUGAGUCUCCUCUCCAGUUCUAUGUGAACCAGGCCAGUACCCCCAGUGUCACGGCUUCGGGUCCCGGCCUCGUCUACGGCGUCGCCAACAAGAUGGCCAACUUCACCAUCUUCACUCAAGACGCAGCCGAAGGCGGUCUGGACCUGAGCAUUGAGGGUCCCUCUCAAGCAGAGAUCAGCUGUGUGGAUAACCAGGACGGGACCUGCUCAGUGAGCUACCUGCCCAUCCUCCCCGGGGACUACAACGUCCUGGUCCGAUACAACCAGCUGCACAUCGCCGGCAGCCCCUUCACCGCACGCAUCACAGAGGACCAGAAGAGGCGGUCCCAGGUGAAGCUGGGCUCCGCAGCAGACUUCUCUCUGGACAUCACGGAGACGGACCUCAGCCUCCUGACGGCCAGCAUCUCGGCUCCCUCGGGGCGGGCCGAGCCCUGCCUGCUCAAGCGCCUCGCCAACAACCACAUAGGCAUCUCGUUCAUCCCCCGGGAGGUGGGCGAGCACCGGGUCAGCAUCCUGAAGGAGGGGCGUCACAUCCCCAACAGCCCCCUCACCAUCCUGGUGGUGCAGUCGGAGAUAGGGGACGCCAGCCGCGUCAAGGCCCACGGAGAGGGCCUGGUGUCUGGGCGCACCUUCACCAACGCCUCCUUCCUGGUGGACACCCGGGAAGCAGGUUACGGGGGCCUUGCCCUGGCCGUGGAGGGCCCCAGUAAGGUGGACAUCCAGACCGAGGACCUGGAGGACGGGACCUGCGGGGUCUGCUACUGCCCCACCGAGCCCGGGUCCUACCUGGUCUCCAUCCGCUUCGCCGAAGAGCACAUCCCUGGAAGUCCGUUCUCGGUGCCUGUGACGGGGGAGGGGCGGAUCAAGGAGAGCGUGAGUCGGCGGCAGCGCGCCGCGUCUGUCGCCAGCGUCGGCAGUGUGUGCGACCUCAACCUCAAAAUACCAGAUAUUGAUGUACAGGAAGUGAAGGCUGAGGUCACGUCCCCAUCUGGCACCACUCAGCUGGCCGAGCUGGUCGCCGUGGGAAACGGCACAUACUGCGUGCGCUUCGUUCCCACGGAGAUGGGCGUGCACAGCGUGAGCGUAAAGUACAGGGGCGCGCACGUGCCUGGGAGCCCCUUCCAGUUCACAGUGGGGCCCCUUGGGGAAGGGGGCCCCGGGAAGGUGAAGGCUGGGGGCCCAGGACUGGAGAGGGCCCAGGUUGGAGAGCCAGCUGAGUUUAGUAUCUGGACGCGGGAGGCCGGGGCCGGGGGCCUCUCGGUGGCGGUCGAGGGCCCGAGCAGAGCCGAGAUCUCCUUCCAGGAUCGAAAGGACGGGUCGUGUGGAGUCAGCUACCUCGCCCAAGAGCCUGGCGACUACGAGGUGUCGGUGAAGUUCAACGACCAGCACAUCCCCGACAGCCCCUACCUGGUCCCUGUGGUCGCCACGGUCCACGACGCCCGCCGCCUCGCUGUUACUGGCCUUCAGGAGUCUGGUUUGAAGGUGAACCAACCAGCGUCCUUCGCAGUCAGGCUGAACGGGGCUCAGGGCAAGAUGGAGGCCACUGUUCACUCUCCCUCCGGCGCCCUGGACGAGUGUGCAGUCACUGAGCUGGAGAAAGAUAAGUACGCCGUGCGCUUCAUCCCGCGGGAGAACGGCGUCCACAACGUCCACGUCACCUUCAACGGAGCCCACAUCCCAGGAAGCCCUUUCCAAGUACGAGUCGGAGAGCCAGGACAGACCGGAGACCCCGGUCUGGUGUCGGCCUACGGAACCGGGCUGGAGAAAGGAACCACAGGCAACCAGUCAGAGUUCAUCAUCAACAACCGGGCGGCGGGGCCGGGCGCCCUGGCGGUGAACAUCGAGGGGCCGUCCAAGGUGAAGAUGGACUGCCAGGAGGUCCCGGAGGGCUACCGGGUCCUCUAUACCCCCAUGGCCCCUGGGAACUACCUGAUCAGCAUCAAGUACGGGGGCCCCAACCACAUCCGGGAGAGUCCCUUCAGGGCCCGCGUCACAGGUUCUCGUCUGGUCCAAGUCUCCAACGCCAGCGAGACCAGCACCCUCACCGUUGACCCAGUGCUACAGUCCUCCAGCAGCCCCUGGCAGAGCAGCGCCCCACCCCAGCCCUACUCUGAUGCCAGCAAGGUGCUAAGUCGAGGCCCAGGCCUCAGCAAGGCCUUCAUGGGACAGAAGAGCAGCUUCUCAUUAGACUGCAGCAAGGCUGGUAAGAACAUGCUGAUGGUGGGUGUCCGGGGGCCUCUGAUCCCUUGCGAGGAGGUGCUGGUGAAACAUGCAGGCAGCGGUCAAUACAACAUCAGCUACUUGCUCAAGGAGCGAGGCAGCUAUGUGCUGGCCGUAAAAUGGGGGGACGACCACAUCCCCGGCUCCCCCUUCCAAGUCACGGUCCCCUAAUGCACUGCCGUCUGCUGCGCCACCGAGCCGUCUGUCAUUCUGCAUGCUUCAAGCGCACUGGAAAGUUCUUUCAAAAUAAAUAAGCAUAUUAUACAAACAAAAGUUUGCCUUUUUGUGACAACCUAAAAAAUAUGUGUACAAAAAUCGAGCAGCAUGAAUAUUCAUGAUGCCUUUUACUUUGCUUGGAAUUAAAUGAUUGCACUUUUAUACUUGAUGAUGCCUUGCUGUUCUUUGACAUCAUUCCAUGAUGAUCAUUCCUUUAGUGUAGCUGAUAUGUUGACUAGCUAGCGGUGUAGCUGAUAAGCAGGUGUACUCGCUAGUGGUGUUGCUUCUGAAUAAGUUAAAUAUCUAGUGGUGUCACUAUUAAACAAGUACGUGGCACAGGUCGAAUUGAAAAACGCUGUUCAGUUCUCCUGUCGUUUUAUGUUUUCGUUACUACUGAUAUUGUUAUUCUGUUAAUCAUCUCCGUUAGAAACAUUGAUUUAUUGUUUUUUUUAUUUUGUAUCUUAAUUGAUGGAAAUGUUGCCAUAAUUAAUCACUCUCUUUGUAAUGCUACAUGAGAGCAUUGCAUAACUUCAAAAAGAUGCAACACAUCCUAGCGUCGACAUCAGCUGGCUAUUUGUCAAAUGGCCAAUUUCUGGGCAUUUCACAUCACCCGCCCAGAUGAUGUCAUCAUGGGACCAUAUUGUGUUCACCUGGUGAUAUCUAUACCGUCAACUGGAGAACUUUGGAGGAGGAAGUGAUUUUGGGAUUAUGACUGCAUAAUUUAAAUGUGAUUAAUAUGAAUGUAAUUUGAUAACCUGAACUGGAAUAAAAUUUGAUCAUGA